AUGCCUUUCCUCCUGGGUCUCAGACAGGACAAGGAAACCUGCAUGGGUGUCAACAAUCAAAGUUACAUAUGUGAAACGGGCCACUGUUGUGGACAAUCCCAGUGUUGCAACUACUACUAUGAACUCUGGUGGUUUUGGCUGGUGUGGACCAUCAUCAUCAUCCUCAGCUGCUGUUGUGUUUGCCAUCACCGACGCACCAAACAUCGUCUCCAGGCGCAGCAGCGGCAACAUGAGAUCAACCUGAUCGCUUACCGGGAAGCCCAUAACUAUUCAGCCCUGCCGUUUUAUUUCCGGUUUUUGCCAAAUUAUUUACUACCUCCCUAUGAGGAAGUUGUGAACCGACCGCCGACCCCGCCCCCACCAUAUAGUGCCUUACAUCAGCAGUGCGUCCCAGCAGGCAGCAGUAGCACAAUCCCAGACACGCCAAGAAACCUGCAGCCAGCACAGAGCAGCUCAGCAGCACCCAGCGGCAAUAACAGCAGUACUCACACCACCGGGUCCCCCGGCCUUGGGGACCCCGAGCCCUCCACCACCACACUGGUCGAGCGAGCAGUUGCCAAAAUGCAAAGCGUCGAGCCUGGCGGUACCAGCACGGGAGCUGAGCUAGUGGAGAGGGCCGGUCCCGAUAAGGAUACGGAGUGCAAGGAGGAACUGCUAAAAGGUUACAGCUCUGAGAGCUUAGAGCAGAGCAGCGCCAUUCCCGACGCGAAGGACAAGACGCCGGGCAGGCAGCGCCGUUUCACCGGCGACUCGGGCAUCGAAGUCUGUGUAUGCAACCGGGGCCAUCAUGACGACGACCUCAAGGAGUUCGACGGGCUCAUCGAUGAUGCUCUGGACGGGCCCCUGGACUUCUGCGACAGCUGCAGUGGCCGCCCCCACGGGGACGAGGAGGAAGGGCUUUUUAAUGCUGUGGAAGAGCAGCACCGUGAACACAGCCACCACCACCUGCCCCGGCAGCCGGUGUGUGUACUCUUGAACACAAUAAAUGAGCAGGACUCUCCAAAUUCUCGUACCAAUAACUCCCCCAGCUAAGGUGGCAGAGUGGAAGGGAGAAUCGGGGGAAAAAAACAAAGAAAUAAAAGUGGAAUAAGAGGAUUGAAACUUUAACAGGAGGAAAAGGUGAUACAACCUUCUUUUUUUAGUUUAUUUUUCUCUCUCCCCCUCCAAUAUAAUUCAGGGACUAGUCCCUGAAGGCCCGGCUUGUGGGGGACGGGUCGUUCUGGGUUUUGUUAAUCGUGUCUGUCCUGCUCCGCGGGGCAGGGACUGAUGUUUCUCAAUGAGACCUUCUAACAAAUGGAACUUUCCCAAUGGUGAUUUUGGUGAUGGUUAUUAUGAGUUUGUUGGUUUUAGUUUUCCAAAACACUGCUUUAUCUUGCAAUCAGUAAAGCUCAGCAAAUCUCACCCUGGGAGGAUACGAAAUCACCAUAAGGCUUCAACCUCCAGGUGUCUUCCCAGAAGCAAGCAGCUUCUGACAGUGCCGGCAGUCAGUAGCCCAAGAGUUCUGGUUUGAUAUAGUGCUCUUGAGGCAUUGGGGAUUUCUUUUCAUUUUAGCUUUUUUUUUUUUUUCUUUUUUGUGUUAAGUUUUCCUGAAGCUGAUGAAUGCCUGAACACAUCAGCCCUAUAAUCUCUGGUGCUUCAGUGUUUAAGACAGCAGGUAGGAAAUUUCCCACUUGAAGCUGGUGACUGAAGGACCAGUUUCUUC